AGGAUCAGAUUGGCGCUGGUGUCGGUAUUCGCCGGAGAACGAAAUUGAGGAAUGGCGGUCGAUAAACAAAGAUGUUCGGCAUCAGUGAUUCUCGUCUGAAAAAUGAUGUUCCAAAGGUGAGAGGAGCUGCGAACUAAAUCAAGCACCUUUCACCGCUUUGGCACCUUCUCUGAGCAGUAAAGCAAGUAGUUUAGAGGCGGCCGCUGAGGCUGCUGCCAAAGUCAGCGCUAUGUUGAUGGCCAAGGGAAAAGUUCGCUCGGGAAGUUUAAAUUCUUCAAAGAUCAGCGUUAAAGAUAAUAACUUGAACAAGUCUGCCGGAGAUUUAUUCACGGCUGAGGUGGAAAUAAACGAUGCGCCCCUUUCGGCCAGAAAUCUCCUCACAAGGGGUCACACACAGGACGAGAUCAACAAAUUCUCUGGCGCUGCUGUGUCCACUCGAGGCCGCUACAUGACCUAUGAGGACCGGGCUAAAAACCCAACCGAACGACCACUUUAUUUGUAUGUGCAGGCGUCCGAGAAGAGUGCCCUUGACCUGGGAGUGCAGCGGAUCCAUGAAAUAAUUCACCAGCACAUGGGCCAAGUACCGGUGCAGCCGGCUCCCAACACAAACAGUCCUUCCAACAAUAAACGUCCAAAAUAUAACAAUAACAAGUUUUCCCGCAACCCCAGUCAGCAGAUGAACGUUAGACCUCCGCCUUUGAUGAGCAUUCAAACUUCGCCACCCUCGUUCCUGCAUGUGGACAAAGUGUACAUCUGCUUAGACCACGCUGGCCCGGCGUUUGAUCUGAAAAAUAAAGUGCUCGGCUUCAAUAACACAAAUUUCAACUUCAUCCACAAUGAGUCUGGGAGCAACUUGAGUCUGAGGGGAAAGGGCUCUGGUAACAACGAUCCGGCCACAAACAUGGAGUCCACUGAACCUAUGCAUAUUUAUCUCGAGAGUUCAAGUCUUGAUAUGCUGCAGAAAGGCAAGGAAUGUGCCCAAGAUUUGGUCAAUACCCUGCAGCAAGACUUCCUAGCAUGGCACCAACAACAGGCGGCCCAACAGCAACAAAUGGGUGCCAUAGCAUCAAUGCAGCAACCCAUCCAAGCUCAAUUUCAAACUGUGACUGUGAGCUCGAUUGGUCAGCCGUCUGUAGUUUCAAUUCAUCAAGCCAUACCACAUUGCCAGCAAGAAAUGAUGCCCCAUCAGCCUGGAAUGCCUCCACCAAUGAAUCAGCCUAUGGGCCAAAUGCCGCCCGGAAUGCACCAUCCACCCCCACCAGCCAUGGGUCCGCCUCCGACACAUUUGCUGCCGCCUCCACCUUUGCAAGGACCACCACCUCCGCAUCAGUUCAUGGCACCUGGACAAAAUCAUCAAGGAUUUGUGCAGCAAGCGCCUCUGCCGAUGGCACCACCAAACCAGCAAAAUAUUACAAUGGUGGUCAGCAGUCCAAGUAUGGUGAUUCAACACCAGCAGUUGCCACCUCCACCUUCCCCUCAGCAGAAUCAGCACAUGCCCCUCUUGCACGGGCCGCCCCCGACGUACUCUCAACCUCCACCUCAUCCACCGAAUCAGAUAAUUUACUCAAAUCAGCCACCCCCAAAUGUCCACCAUCCACCACCUCAGGUGAUGCCGCAUCCACCUCCGCUCCCACCAGGUCAGCCUGCCAUGGUUCACCAUCAUCAGCAACAAAUUUACAAUUAUCCACAGUAUCUGCAGCCUGGCCCCAAUGCUGGCCCACCCCCUGCUCCUCUGGCGGGAGCACCGGCACCUUUUCCUGGCUACCCUGGUGGUCCCCCAGCUGGCUUCAGGCCUGAUUCUCAAAUACUAAGGCAUCCGCCUCCUCAUCCUCACAAAAGGAAAUUUUCCGACGCCCCCGGAGACAAUGAAAUGUACCAGCAGCAGGUGCCACAUUCGUUGGUGGGACAUCCACCUCCUGUGCCACCGCCUGUCCAUCACCUUCAGAAUCCCAUGAACCAGCGUGGCAAUGGCAUGAUUGAGAUGCUGAUGCCAGCGCAGAUGCACCAGCAGCCGCCCGGCGCCUCUCCCCCCAACAACCUCCCCAUGCCCUUGCCCAUAAACAAAGAUCAGCAAUCGCCUCCCGAAGGAGCUGCCCCGGAGAGAGACAAACAACUAAUGCCACCUCCCCCUCCCCCACCCAUCUCCUCCACAGGUGAGAACAAGCAAAACCACGGUGAACCCGACAGCAAGAAGAGAAAAAUAUCAGGUCAUCCUGGCGUCAACCCUGUCAGACACAAUGUUUAUGAGUGUGACGGUCGUGAUGGGAGUGAAGAGUUACCUGGCGAUGACCCUAAGGGCAGCUUCAACGGCCAACGUGGCCCUCCAGGCUACAAACAAUCUCAGCCAACCUUCAACCACUACUCGUCGAAGCCGCAGCUCUACUCGGCAGCUCCACCUUCGUACCAGGGCAUGUACCAGACACCGCCACCCCAGCAGCCACACGGUCCACCCCCUCCUCAGCAACCCAUGGGGCAGCUGAUGAAUCCGCCCCAGCCUCACUACAGCAACGGAGGCGCCUUCCAUCCACACCCGCAGCAGCAGUAUGGAAAUCAGGGCAUGCCCUUUUGGAUGCCACCCCAGCAAUAAUCACUUAUUUUUUCGGCAGCUGCCUUCAUUUAUUUUAAGGAUUUUGCUUUUGAUUUUUGGAUUUUGAUUUUCCAUCAAAAUGAAAUUUUUUACCUUUCUUUUCAUCCUGCGUAUUAUGGCAUGUGUGCCGAACGAUUUUUAUUUAUUGAAAAUUGCAAUUUGAGCAUUUACGGACAGACUGAUUCAAUCACCUUCGCCGAAGGCAGUGAAGUGCAAAGUUUUUGUUGUUCGCAGCAACCACUAGUGAGAAAAGAAAUGAUCUAGCUUUUAAUUAAUCGCGUAGCUCCGAGUAUUAACUUAAAUGUAAAAAGUAGGUUUAACGGCGUCAAUCGAUGUUGAAAAAAAAAUAUAGCGUGUACCUCUCUGAACAACACCGCAAUACCGCAAAAUAUUUAACAUUUUCUUGCCGUAAUUACGCAUUGACUGCAAUAUUUUUGUGGUUCACUAACCAAUAAAUACACAAAAUUAGGAUUGAAAAAAGCAAUUCGAACCAACAGAAA